UUCUCUGGUGGAAUGAGGGCGCAAGUCGAUUCCUUCAUUAGUCCAAGUAAUAAUAGAACGAUGACUCAACGUGAUCAACUUAGAAUUUUAAGCAUGUGAUCAGUCAGUACCUUUAAUUAUGAGUGAGUUAUUAAGUCUCCAUUUUAUUGCGGUCCUGCCAAGGCCACUGUUGUUCAGUGCGUCCCAGAAUAUCUGAGUGACCUUUGUGUGGUUGUCCAUGUCUGUAAGAAGCAGAAAGGAGAACUGGUAUUUGGAUAAGAUGUAUUGUGCGGACCGAUGAUCUAUUUCAGGUCUUAAGGCAAUUCAGAAGGACUGAUGCACUGAGCCUAAGGGGAAGCAGAGCAGAACUUAUUGCCCUGGACGUUUGCUUUGCACCGUCUUUGUGGUAGUUAUGACUUUUUCUGAACUCGGAGUGCCCUUCAGGUGGUGUUCCAGGACAUGGACAAUGACAAAGAUCACCCGAAUGGCUAAGCCAUGCAGGGGGCAGUUUGCCAUAGCUUCAGGAUGUAGACUACUGAGUGUAAAGCCUGUGGACCCUCCUCUCACGUCGGAGCGUUAUAAGGUGUCCCGUCUACCAUUUUCCCAAGUCACAGCUCAGGACCUGAACUGCUUCCAGCAACUGGUUCCAGGAAGAGUAGUCACGGAGGAAGACGAUCUGAGAAGCCAUAACAUUGACUGGCUCCGCACAGUACGUGGUCACAGCAAGGUGCUUCUUAGACCCCAAAAUACAAAUGAAGUGUCUGAGAUCCUAAGAUAUUGUAAUGAGAGGAACCUGGCUGUGACCCCUCAGGGUGGGAACACAAGCUUAGUUGGGGGCAGCAUCCCCGUCUUUGAUGAGAUCCUCAUCUCCACUGCUCUUAUGGACCAAGUAAUCAGUUUUGAUGAUAUCUCUGGUGCUUUGGUAUGCCAAGCAGGAUGUGUUCUGGAGGCUCUGGACAAAUACCUGGAGAGACGAGGAUAUACGAUGCCUCUAGAUCUUGGUGCAAAGGGAAGCUGUCACAUCGGAGGCAACUUGGCCACUAACGCUGGUGGCCUCAAGCUUCUUAGAUACGGAUCUCUCCGAGGGACGGUUCUGGGAUUAGAAGCAGUUCUUCCGGAUGGCACAAUCCUGAACUGUCUCAACUCUCUUCGGAAAGACAACACCGGCUAUGAUCUAAAGCAGCUGUUCAUUGGCUCUGAGGGAACUCUGGGGCUAAUAACAGCUGUAUCCAUUCUCUGUCCACGCAAACCCGGUGCUGUAAACGUGGCUCUGCUUGGAUGUGAGAGUUUCACUAGAGUGCUGCAGGUCUUCACCCUGUGCAGGGAUCGUCUCGGAGAGAUUCUGUCUGCUUGCGAGUUCAUGGACGCUGCGUCUAUGAAGGUGGUUCAGACCCACCUGAAGCUCAACAACCCAAUACCAGCAACUGCCUUCUACGUAUUGAUAGAGACCUCUGGUUCUUCUGCACACCACGAUGAAGAAAAACUGAAUGAGUUUUUGGCCCAGGCUCUGGACACUGGACUGGUAACGGCAGGAACAGUCGCCACAGACCAAACCAAAAUAUUGAGUCUCUGGGCCCUCCGGGAGCGGAUUACGGAGGCUCUGGCUCAUGAUGGCUAUGUCUUUAAAUAUGACCUCUCUAUGCCUGUAAACAAGCUCUACACUUUGGUCGAAGAAACAAGGGCUCGUUUGGGGAAAUCUGCUAAAACCAUAGUUGGCUAUGGACACCUAGGUGAUGGGAACUUGCAUUUAAAUGUCACAGCCGAGUCACACACUGAUAGUUUGCUGGCUGCACUUGAACCUUUUGUAUAUGAAUGGACAGCCCAGCACAGGGGUAGCAUCAGUGCAGAACAUGGCUUGGGGUUCAAAAAGAGAGAUCACAUUCAUUACAGCAAAUCAACUGAAGCGGUGCACCUAAUGCAAAAAAUCAAACGCAUGCUGGAUCCAAAAGGCAUCAUGAACCCCUAUAAAACUAUUCCAUCUUCGGAUUAAUCACCAAAGCACACAACUGUUUCGACAAUACCUUAUUUUCAUUGUAUUUACAAUAGGAAAAAGUAAGGCAAUGGUUUGGUUGAUCAAAACAUGAUUUAAAGAGAAACGAUAAUACCGGUAAUCCUAUGAAAAGAUCUAAAAGGUUGUGUGGUCUACAGAUACACAUAUGCUUUUAAAGUACUUUUUACAGAUCUAUGGUUGGUGCUUGUUGUAUUUGCCUUUUCUUUCAUCAUGGACUGAAUGACCUUACCUUGGAAAGCUGGUUCAUUCAGUAUGCCGUGAGCUUGGAAGACCUAGGACACCCGUGAAUGGUAAUGCUCAACAUCACCCUUCCGGCUUUUGUGAGCUGUUCUGAGUUGAGACUACACUGAAGAGAAUACUACAAUCUAUAUGCACGUGCGAUCACUCAAUUUUUGAUGUAUGUAUCUGUUUUAAUAAAUACAUCAAUUGCCA